AUGCAACAUGAAAUGAUGACAGCACCCCGGUCUACUUGUAGGGUGCACCAGACGUCACCGCCUCCGCUGUCACUGUUCACGCCGCAUCCACCACCGUUCCCACCUCUGACCGCGACCCUGUUCCGCACCCCUUCCCGCCACAUCCCCCAUCGCCACCGCCGUCUUCCAGGCAUUCUCACCGCCGGCGCCGGGGGCUACAUCGCCAUAGCAACCCUCCGUAAUGAUUCGGGCGGAGUGUUGGCGCUGCGCGGAGGCGGAGAGAGAGGGCGGGGAGCGCGCAGUGGGCAGCUGCGCAGCGCCGCCGCCGCCGCCGCCACGCGCUGCCAAAGAGACGCAAAUAGCAGCACCGGCGCGUGCGGCCCCUCCCCUCCCCUGCCCUCCCUGCUCCGCUCCUCACAUCCACCGCCACGCGCGGAAGCUGUCUGUGCCCAAAAUGCACCAAAGGAAGAAAGUGUUUUGGAAACCAGUAGAGAGAGGCGUGAAAGAUGGGUAUCAAUUUACGUAAUAUAUUUCACAAUGUUUCUCAUGUCUUUGGGAUUCAGCAGCAUUCUAACCGGGGUAUGGCCAUAUUUGGACAAGCUGGAUCCUGGAGCUGGAAAAGAAUUUAUGGGCUAUGUUGUUGGAGCAAAUCCUUUAGGCCAGAUGUUGUUCUCUCCCCUUGUGGGAUGGUGGGGCAAUUAUUUGGGGUCAAUACGCAUUCCGUCAUUAUUUUCCCUGGCUCUUUUUACUCUUGCCAGUGGAAUUUACUCCACACUUGAGUUGUUUCCUUCUCAUCACAAAUACUGGAUGUUAGGAGCCCGUUUUUUAGUUGGUGUAAGUUCAGCCAAUAUUGCUGUAUGUCGUUCCUAUUUGUCAGCUGCUACCACUCUAAAAGAGAGAACGGGUGCUGUAUCAAUGGUUUCUCUUGCUCAGGUUUUAGGUUUUAUUGUGGGACCAGCAUUACAGGCAGCAGUUACCAAGCUGGGAGAUGAUGGAGUGGAGAUUAUUCCAGGUCAACUCACGCUUAACAUGUAUUCAGCAGCAGGGUGGAUGAAUGUUAUAAUGAGCAUAGUUAAUUUCAUAAUGUUUUUACCCUUUGUAUUUAUUGAACGACCGAUUGCUGCUAGAGAAGCAAUGCUUAAUCAAGGAGCUGAAUCAGAAGAAGCAACAUGGAAAGAUAAUAAACCAGAUUACAUAUCUACUUGGACACUCAUUAGUGCCUUUUUUGUUCUUGUCUUUAAUUUUGUAUUACUUGAAACGUUAGGAACAUCACUUACUAUGGAUCAAUUUGCUUGGUCAAAAGAAGAAGCUGUGUAUUACAUGGGAAUACUAAUGUCUGUAGGUGCUGUAAUAGCUUGUGUGACUUUCGUAGGAAUCGGUCCCUUGUGCAAAAGAUUUCCUGAACGAAAGGUUCUACUUUGGGGAGGAUUUUUCCUUAUGGUUGUAGGAAGAGCCCUUUAUAUCCCUUGGGGACCUUCCCCACCUCAAAUAGCAGAAACUCAAUCAGAUGAUCUUAACAUCUCAAUUACAAUGACAAAUGGGACAAUCAUAAAUUUCAAUCAUACUAUUAAUCUCACUUUGAGCUUGGGUUGUCCAUCAAUUCAAGAAUGGUGCUAUUAUACACCAGCAAUGACGAUUUCACAAUUUUUACUUGGAUAUGCUUUAACAGCAGUUGGAUAUCCCAUUGGAGUGACGUUAAUACAAACUAUUUUUUCUAAAAUCUUAGGACCAAGACCUCAGGGUGUAUGGAUGGGCUUAAUGACAGGAUCUGGUUGUCUGUCUCGGGUGAUGGGCCCAGUAUUUGUCAGCUCUAUAUAUACAAGACUAGGAACUAUAUGGACAUUUGGCAUCACAACAGUUAUGAUGGCAGUCUCCAUGGUUUGGCUGAGACUAGUUGAUACUCGAUUGAUUGUACCUGAACCUGAAAAGAAUAUCGAACUUCAACCUCAAGAUAAUAUUAUUGGUGAAAGUGAAACGAGAAAUGCUUUGAAUCCACAAGAUAAAAGUGAAAGUACACAAGAUCAUCUUACUUCUCUUGCAAAUGGCAAUCAGCUGGAAGUUUAAUAUUUAUCUAGGUCAUUCAUGUGAAUAUUGAAUCAAACCUAUUUAUGAUAUUUCAGACAACAUACAGUUUCAGUAUUUGCUCAUUACCAUAAUGUGAUUAUUUGAGUUUCCCAUCCUUCACUCCCCUAUGUCAGUGUUGUGAUGUGUGAUGAGGAUUCUAAAUCAGUAAUGUCUUAUUGUAAAAAAGUGGAGUGAAGAACUGAAAUAUAUAUUUUAAAAUUGCAUCUGAAGUACUUUCUAUUUUCAUUAUUGAUUUGUAUCACUUUGAAGCCAAUGACAAACAUGGCAAGAAUACCACAACAUGAACAUUAUUUUUUUAUGUCAAGAAAUUUCUUCAUACAAACAUGGAUUUAUUUUUAUUUUAUAAAAACUAUAUUUCUUAUGUACAUAUCACUUUGGAAGAUGUGAAUAUAUUCUUACAUUUUUUAUCAGGUGUUGAUGGAUGUUUGAAAGGAGUGUGACUGUAAUAAUGGAAAACAAAUAAUGUGAUAAUUAAAAUAAAUGUAAAAUCUAUAGAAUGUUCUUUUUUAUUUUUUAUUUGGAUCCGGUAAAUAAUGCUUAUUGAUUAUUUC